AUGUCACCUUCCGACACAAUCGCUAUCAUUGGCCACAAUGGAUGGGCUGCUCAGGCAAUCGUCAAGUCGCUUGCUACUCAAGCCUUUACAACCCCUUUACGUGUCCUUGCACGUGAUGCCUCCAGCAUUGCUAGUCUCCCAGACAACGUCGAGGUAGCGCGUUACUCAUGGGAUAGGGAGGAGUCUAUCACAUCCGCACUACAUGGCGUUGACAUCCUUCUUUCGUUCAUCGGGCAUGAGGGCUUGAGCGACCAGACAAGGCUUGUGCCAUAUAUGCGCAACGCGAGCAUCAGACUUUUUGCUCCAUCCGAUUUGGCUCUGCCAUAUACGCCCGAGGAAAGGAAGACCGUGACUGUUCCUCGUGAGAAAGAGCAGUUGGAAGUGACGCUGAAGAAUGCCGGAGUGCCAUUCGUCACUAUCCUGAUCGGAAAUUUCACAUCGUUCGCGUUGGACUCCCCCUACAUGGGUAUCGACAUUGUGAACAAUCGUAUCCUGCAUACUGGUAAAAGCAGAGAGAAUCCAGUGUGGUUGUGUUCUCGCGACUACGUCGCCGCAGGUUACGCCUCUCUGUUUUCCCUAUGCAGUGCCUCUUCACUAGCUGGCCGUACCAUUGGGUUGAAUGAACUGCAUCCGACCACUGGGGAUAUCGAAAGUGCCCUGCAUAAGAAAGCUGGUGUGCCGCCACGAGUGGCAUUCGAUAGUGUGCAGAAUGCUACAGACCUGGCCAAAGCCGACAGACUCGACGCUCUAGUUCGCAAGAAAAUGGGCGAUGGAACCCACAACGUGGGUCAGGACAUAUGGGAAGUCGAGGGAUAUCGAAAGAGGACACUUGAUGACUUCAUCUCUGGAGAUGCUCUGGAAGGUCCAAAGUACAUCAAAACAGACGAGACAACUCGUCAUUUCUUGGAUCAAUACUUUUUCUAA